AUGUCUAAGUACAAGACAUCUGGAUACAAAGGUUCGUGUGAUUAUAGCAAAAGUGAAGAGCGAGAGGGGAGAAGCUGUGUGCGUUACAAAUGUGGCCUACUCAACACCAUACAAGACGUCCUACGCCAAAGACCAAACUGGGUUGAAGUCAAAGAUGACGGAGAAUGGGACUUCAACUGGUGUGAUGUGGGCUGGCUCAGGGAGAACUUCGGUCAUACUUACAUGGAGGAACAUGUACGAAUAAACCACUUUCGCAAUCAUUAUGAGCUGACUCGCAAAAACCUCAUGGUAAAAAAUCUCAAAAGAUACCAGAAAAACCUUGAAAGGGACAUGGGCCGCACUGAGGCGUCCAGAUGUGAUUUUUUCCCCUGCACCUUUGCACUGCCCAGCGAGUAUCAUCUUUUUGUUGAGGAGUUCAACCGAAGUCCUGGCAGCACCUGGAUCAUGAAGCCGGUAGCAAAAUCUCAAGGCAAAGGAAUUUUCCUGUUCAGGAAACUGAAAGACAUUAUGGAUUGGAAGAAGGAUGGCACACGCUCAGAAGAACAGAAGGAUGCAGCUCAAGUGGAAAGCUAUGUGGCCCAACGCUAUAUAGAGAACCCUUACCUAAUAAAUGGCAGGAAGUUUGAUCUGAGAGUCUACGUCCUGGUCACAUCAUAUGUUCCCUUGAAGGCCUGGCUGUAUCGAGAUGGCUUUGCCCGCUUCUCAAGCACUCGCUUUUCCCUCAGCAGCAUUGAUGACAAGUAUAUGCACCUCACCAACGUGUCUGUUCAAAAAACAGCACCUGACUAUGAUCCCGAAAAGGGAUGUAAGUGGCAGAUGCAACAGCUUCGAAGAUAUCUGACUGCAAAACACGGCAGAGAGAUGGUAGAAACCCUGUUUAAAGAGAUGGAUAACAUCUUUGUCCGCAGUCUACAGAGUGUACAAAAAGUCAUAAUAAAUGACAAACACUGCUUUGAGCUCUACGGUUACGACAUACUGCUGGACCAGAACCUCAAACCGUGGUUAAUUGAGGUGAAUGCCUCCCCAUCACACACGCCCAGCAGUCAGGAGGAUUACGAGAUGAAGUGCAGACUGCUGGAAGACACUUUGAAUGUUGUAGAUAUGGAGAGAAGGCUGACUGGCAAGGAGAAAAGGGUUGGGGGCUAUGAUCUCAUGUGGAACGACGGGCCUGUCUAUAGAGAGGAUGUAAACCUGCAAACAUCUGGCAGUUCAUGUUUCACUGCCAACACACACUUAGGGUGUGUAAACGACAGAGAGAAGCAGCUUCGCCAGCUUCUGAAACCAUUUCCAUACCAGAAGAAGAUGUAAUCGCAUGCAGAAUUUCUGUCCCGUUUUCAUAGUACCAUGGUCUGCAAGACUUUGGCAUCAUCCCGGUGACUGUCUGGGAGUAGACUGGCUACAGUUACUUCAAAUACCUGGGGGGAAAAAAAAAACAAACAUAAAAUGAGUUAGCUGUGAUGAUCUCAUCAGAAUCCAACCUUGGUUAAAAUCUAAAUAUACAAAAGAAGAUUUUUUUGCACAUGAAUGCACUAAUAAGCAUGAGUUAUUGACCAACUGGUUCUACAUUUGUAUGUAUAGAUUUCAACAGCAUGUCAGAUAGUUGUGAGCUGUGUGUAAAUGUUUUUUCAGGUGCUCCAAAGAAAAACCAAAAGACAA